AUGCAGUCGAUUAUUCUGUAUGGCCACCACACCGGCGCCAACCCUAAAAAGGUGGUCAUGGUUCUUGAAGAACUGCAAAUCCCAUACGAGAUCAAACUUCUCGAAUUUCCCGAAAUGAAACAGCCCGCCUAUGAAAAAAUCAAUCCCAACGGGCGUGUUCCCGCAAUUGAGGAUCCCAAUACUGGGGUCGCUCUAUGGGAGUCUGGAGCUAUUAUUGAAUACCUGGUCGACAAAUACGACCAGAAGCGGCAGAUCAGUUUCGAGCCUGGCACUGCCAAUUUCUACCACGCGAAACAAUGGCUCCAUUUCCAAACAUCAGGCCAAGGCCCGUACUUUGGCCAGGCUGUGUGGUUCAAGCGUUUCCACAAAGAACGCGUCCAGACCGCUAUCGACCGAUACGUCAACGAGAUCCGUCGUGUGUCGGGUGUGUUGAACGGAUUCCUCGAGGGCCGGAGUUACCUGGUCGAUGACAAAUGCAGCUAUGCAGACUUGGUGUUUGUUUCCUGGUUUGAAAUUAUUCCGUGGGUUGCAGAGGGCGACAUAGAUUUGGAGAAGGACUUUCACAAUGUUUAUCGAUGGCUGGAGUCUCUGAAAUCUCGUCCUUCAGUCAUCGUCGGUCUGGGUGCGAAGUCUGCAGCCCCUAAGAAGCUUUGA